GUGAUUGAUAUUCGGUUAUUUAGUCGUUUUAUUAAAUUUAGUCGAGAAAAAUGUUUAUCAUCGGGGUAAAAGUGUUGCCUGUUUUCUCGGUUGAGGUUGAGAUGCUGGCAUUAUUGUUUGACAGAUCUUCAGGUGUGGGUUUUAUUGUUUAGACUGUUUUGUUGAUAAUAGAACUCCGCUAAUGAGUGGAAUUUCAUCAUAACGCGGGGGAAAACGUGAACAGAAGAUACUGUUCUCCGGUGGUGAAAUAAUAUGAGUCGUCUGGAUGAUCCACCGAGUCUGUUGAAAGGCCGAAAGCCAUCAUACAUUGCAAUGAACGGUGUACCAGAAACUGACGACCAACAACGUCUGAGGUUCCAAGUGGAACUUGAGUUUGUUCAGUGCUUGGCGAACCCUAAUUACUUGAACUUUCUAGCCCAACGUGGAUACUUCAAGGACUCCACCUUCAUAAACUACCUCAAGUACCUCCUCUACUGGAAAGAACCUGAGUAUGCGAAGUACUUAAAAUAUCCAAUGUGUCUCUAUUUCCUCGAUCUCCUGCAAUACGAGCACUUCAGACGUGAAGUUGUGAAUUCUCAGUGUACAAAAUUCAUCGACGACCAGCAGAUCCUCCUCUGGCAACACUACACUCGUCGCAGAACGAGAUUACUCCAGCAGGCAUCGGAACAAACCCCCCAGCACGUUAACCCCCAGAACAAUGGAAUUGCCCAGCCUAAAGUUCCCUAAUACAUAAAAACGCCAAAAUUAAUUAAAUGACACUCACCAAAAAGCCGCAUUACUUUACCCUGUGUAUCUUACUGCCCCAGAGACAAUUCGUCCUCCAGAUAUACCCAUGAAGUUGGAUGGAGCGGGUUAGCUGUGAUAGAUCGCAAGUAAAACGGUUUUAUAUUUAUUACCUCGUAAUAAAUGUCUCUCAUUUUA